AUGGACGAAGGGCCUUACGUGUCCUACCGGCCCUACUCGGCGGAGACCGCGGGCGGCCGCUCGGCGAAGAAGCCCAAGGCCUUCAAGCCGCAGCGGCCCACGCAGAACCGCGCGGUGGAGAAGGCCCAGGCGAGCCUCGCCUCUGUGGGCCCCGAGGAGUCCGCGGGCAAUGUGCUGCACGCGGCGGCGCGGCGCCAGAGCGCGGAAUUCGCCACCGGCCGGGCACGGGAGGCCGUCCAGGUUCCGGAGCGCUUCUCGGGUAUGUCGCUGAAGAGCUUCGGCGUGUCCGCGGCCAUGGGCGGGCCUGCGCCGCGGCGGGCCAAGGAGCACAAGGAGGGCAGGUCGAUGGACCUGGCGGAUCUCGCCUUCUCCGGCGACAUCCGGGUGGUGGACGGCCAGGUGAAGCAGCACUACACCCC